AAUCACAGAGACGACAACAUCGCCGAUCGUAUCCCUCAUCAGCAUGUCUUACGAGAGUCCUCGGCUCUACGUUGGCAAUCUGCCCUACGUCGCCCAACGGGAAGAUAUCGAAAAACUCUUCGCCGAGAACCAUGUCGACAUUAACAAAGUUGACAUAUCGAUCGAUCCGGAGACUGGCCGCAAUCCAAGCUACUGCUUUGUCGAGUUCAAGACCCAGGAAGAUGCUACCAAUGCUAUGAACUCGCUGCAAGGCAUCAAUCUGCAAGGCCGAGCAUUGAGAAUUAACCCCAAGACUGACCGCAAACCUAAUCCAACCGCCGAAAGGACUGCGCGAGGCUGGGGACCACGGGCGACCGAUGGCAAUGAGAACUCCUACCCAAACAAUCGAUGGAAGCGGGAGGAUGCUCAACCGCAGUGGAAUGCCCCUGCUGAAGACCCGAAACGAGUCUAUGUUGGCAGUCUGCAUGCUUCGGACCAGGAAACCAUCAACGCUGAAAUGAAAAGCCUCUUUGAAGGAUACGAAGUAACAUCGGUCAGCAAGCUGAUUACGCCUCAAUCGGCCCUCCCGGACCAGAACUCUUCAUUCUGCUUCGUCGAAGUUGCCACACCUGCGCAAGCUGUCGAGGCAGUCAGAAACCUCAACGGCAGGCCCACUCCCCACGGCGACAUCUACCGUGUUAGUCACGCCAAAGGCAAGAGAGGUCCUACCACUGGAGAGCGAGAACCUUGGAAAUCGCAGCAAGUCGAGACUUCCAAGGUUUUCAUCUCGGGAUUGCCUCAGAUUGCCACUCAGGAAGAGCUGGAUCACCAGAUCCGAGAACUCUUUGCCGGACUACAGAUCAACGAGAUCAGCAAGCUCAUCACGCCCCACGAGUCGAAACAGACAGAAUCCGGAAACCACCACUAUUGUUUCGCGACUUUCGAUCGCCAGGAAGAGGCUCAGCGCGGUGUCGAGGCUAUGAAUGGUCAACCGACGCCUAACGGUGGUAUUUACAAGAUCAGCUUCGCGAGAGAACGACCUGCCGGUAAUUUUGGACAGGCCGACAGGUUCCAGCAACGCGAAGGCGGUUACCAAAGCCGCGGAGGAUUCCAACAAAGGGAUGGCUUCCAGCAGCGCGAGGGAGGACAGGAUUCACCGAGACGUCAACAGAGAGAGCAGCCGCAAGGGCCACCUGUCAAUAGGGAUUUUGGGAGCAGCUGGAGGAGACGUGAUUGAGGAGUCGUUGUGAUUGGAGACUGGGUACGAAUUAGGUGCGAAGCGAAGGCGAUGACUUGAAUAUUCACGGGUCGGGUCUUGAUAUGCGCAUGUCGGGGCGAUGAGCAUCUCAAAAAGGGGACGAGGUCAUGAGAGGCAUUCGAGAACGAAGCCUUCUAUUGAGGAGAGAGGGGGGAGAAAUUCCCUUUCUACCUACCUAUCUACCCACAGUCGUCAUCAUCUGUUUGUCCAUCUAUCCAUCCAUCCAUCCAUCCUCGAAGCUACACAGAGAGGAACUUCUUUCUGUCUCGAGGCUUUUGUGGUUACUUUGG